CAGCCUUGCCACAGCUAGAAGACGGGCUCUUCAGGAGAGGCACCAUCAAUAUGUCUGCCUCAUCUUUUGCUGCCCGUAAGGGACUUUUCAUUGUCGGUGCUAAACGCACGCCGUUCGGCGCUUUUGGAGGUAAACUUAAGAACUUUUCCGCCACCGAACUUGCCUAUUUGGCCUCUAAAGCGGCUCUGUGCCAAGCAAAGCUUGAUCCUAGCGCGGUCAAUGUCGUGUACGCAGGGAACGUUAUUCAGUCUUCCAAUGACGCAUGUUACCUUGCCAGGCACAUGGGCUUGAAAGCCGGCGUCCCCCAACAUGUCCCUGCUUUGACGAUCAACCGCUUGUGUGGCAGUGGCUUUGAAACGGUCAUCAUGGGUUGUGAAGCCAUGGAGCUCGGCCAAGCCUCGGUUGCCCUGGCGGCAGGCACGGAGAACAUGUCGGCCGCACCCUUUGUAGUCGACGGGAACAGUGUGCGCUGGGGGGUACCCUUGGGGAAAGGACCCGAAAUGAAGGAUUCCCUGUGGGCUGGUCUCACGGAUUCGUUGGCUGGCACGCCCAUGGGAAUCACGGCGGAGAACCUGGGUGCCAAGUACGGAAUUACCCGGCAGGAAUGCGACGAAUUUGGCCUUCGCUCUCAGCACUUAUGGGCCAAGGCCCAAGAAAGGGGCGCCCUCCAGGCGGAGAUCGUGCCAGUGGAGGUAAAGACGAAGAAGGGCAUCGACUUGGUCACCGUGGACGAGCACCCGCGGCCGCAGGUGGAGCUGGCCAAGAUGUCCAAACUCAACCCGGUGUUUAAAAAAGACGGGCUGGUGACAGCGGCCAACGCCAGUGGGAUCGCCGACGGGGCCGGGGCCCUGGUCCUUGCCACGGAGGACACCGUGCACGCCCACAAGCUGGAGCCUUUGGCCAGGGUGGUUGCCUGGUCGCGGGUGGGCUGCGAUCCCAGCAUCAUGGGGAUCGGACCUGUGGAGGCGAUCCGUGGGGCCCUCUCUGUCUCGGGCGUGGCCUUGGCGGACCUGGAUCGGAUCGAGAUCAACGAGGCCUUUGCCGCCCAGUUCCUCGCCUGCGCCAAGGAGUUGGGGCUGGACAUGAGCAAGACGAACGUGCACGGAGGGGCGAUCGCCUUGGGCCACCCCUUGGCCGCCUCUGGCUCGAGGAUUGUCGCCCACUUGGCGAAUGGGUUGAAGGGCCAGCAGGGGGGAAAGAAAGGCUAUGUGAUGGGAAGCGCCUGCAUCGGGGGCGGCCAGGGCAUCGCCGUCUUGCUCCAAGCGGUGUGAGAGACGAGCAGAGGGGGGAGGG